UGAUAAUAUUUUUAUUGAACGCAAUUGUGCAUGUUAAAAGUUGUGCUAUUAUUUAAGUUUCAAAUUGAUUAUCUCUGUCAGAAAUACAAUAUUUAGCUACGGAUGAGAUUUGUUAUCGUUAAGACUAAAGGCAAAAAUUGUUAUAUACUUUCAAGCAAGCAAGCGGACUAUUUUCUAGCAAGUAUCCAUUUUAAUAUUUUAUAUAAAACAUAAUGACACAUGUAAAGUUAAACGUUUCGGGGACGCAUUUUGAAUUUGAUUAUAAAAUUUUAGAGAAUAGGGAAUCUGACACGCUGACAAAAAUGUGCAAAGAAGCUGAAACCUCCGGCAAGCCAUUGGAGUUUUUCGUGGACAGACCUUCGGAUUGCUUUGCCGCUGUUCUAAGUUACUAUCAGACUGAUGAAUUGCACAUGCCAGCUUCAGUGUGUCCUAAAGCGUUUCGGAAGGAACUACGUUACUGGGGAGUUGCUGAGACGGAUCUAGAUAAGUGUUGUCUUCACAGGUACUAUUCAUUUUUCGAUGACUUCGAAACACAUGAAAAAUUUAGCCUGGAAACUUUAAGUCAGGAAUUUAGGGAUGGCACUUUUAUACCAAUUUAUAAAGAAAACAAAUUGAACAGACUCAGGCGUAAAAUAUGGAAGGUUGUUGAUUUUAAGGAGGAAACAGUCCGCGCAAAGAUCUACCUUAUACUUGUGUUUCUGAUGGUUGUGAUGUGCAUAGUGAUACUUGCCUUCAGUACAGUUCCGUCCUUCCAAAGGAAUUUAAGUAGGUGUGAACUUUUGGAGUAUCUGGAACACUCAAAACACGACCAUGCGGAAAAGGCCAAGGUACAGUUGGGAGAUCCGGAUUGUUCAGGAUUAGUCUAUAAAGACGUAGAUGAUUUGGAUGACAAUGAGCUAUUUUGGGAAGAGGUAGAGGAGUCUUAUAUAGAUGGAAACUUGACAACAACUAAAACAAAUGUGACGCUUCCACAAAUGAAAGUUCGUUUGUUUGUUUUCGAAGUUCUUGAAAGUAUAACCGCUGCUUUCUUUACCACUGAUCUUUUACUUCGACUGUUCACUUGCCCGUCUUUACUGAGAUUCUUUCGAUCUGUAAUAAAUUGUUUUGAUAUUUUGGCGGUUACAGGGUUUUACAUACAUACUGCUGUCAUCAGUAUAGAAAAAGAACAUAGAUAUAACAUUAGCUGGAUUCGGUUUAUCAACUAUCUGCAAAUUUUCAGGGUCAUGAGACUUUUUCGUAUCGUAAGGAAUGUGCGUGCAAGUCGAGUACUAGCGUUCUCUCUACGUCAGAAUGGCCGCGACCUGACAUUGCUUGUAUUGUUGGUUAUGAUUGGUGUAAGUACAUCAGCAUGUUUAAUUUAUUUCAUCGAAGAAAGAGAUGUCAUAGAAUCUAUCCCUGUUGCUUGGUACUGGGCACUGAUAACGUUGACAACAGUGGGAUAUGGCGAUAUAACACCUAAAUCUAGCGUUGGGCGACUUGUUGCGGCAUGCCUGGCAAUCUGUGGCGUAUUACUACUUGCCAUAACACUUCCAAUGUUUGUAAAUAACUUUCUGACUUUGUACAAGUACUCCUGUCUUGAUGAGACAAUACAAGAAAGUACAAAUAGGAGAAAAAAGUUUAAAGGGACAGUUCGUAUUACAGAUGUCAUUCAUGAAAAGACAACAAAUAUUGAUAAUACACAAAACAACAAUGAUUAAAAUUCCGAUUUUUAUGGGCAUAAAACAUCCGAAUAACGACUUUAAGUAAAGAAAAAAUUCUAAACAUCACAACUUUUGUUUUAUUUUUAUUUUAUAUUUACCUUAAAGUACAAUUUUCACUCUUUCAUGUUCUAAAACUGAUCGUUAUAGAUAGAUUUGAAUGUACAUAAUAAUACUGUAGCCGUUGUGUUACAUUUGUGGUAAAUGUAGAAAGUUGCUACAUCUAUUAACACUUUGAACAGUGAUAUGUUCAGUUACAAUUAUCUGUAUGCUAGCACACAAGGACAUUUAACAAAAUAUUUCUGUUUUUGUUUUAGAAACUGUCUAUUCUUUUAUCUUUUCGUAAAUAAAAUGUUAAACAUUUCUACGGGUGUUGCAUGAAGGUGUUGGAUAUUUCAUUAUUUCUAAUGGUCUGCC